CCGGUGUAGGAGCGAAACGGAGGUCAAGUCCAUUUCGGAGUUUCAUGAAGUUCUCGCACGUCCGUCGCCGGUCGACUCGUUCCCAUGCUCGCCAACCUCGCUCGCAAGGCCCUGCUUCAGGCUAGGGUGGUUCUUGAGCCUCCCACCACCGGAGCUCGAACCCUGCUCAGACCGUGCUCCGCCUCCUCGGAGUCGCGCUCCUUCACGGUCUCGUACCUCGUCAAUGCCUGCGGGUUGUCUCCAGAGUCUGCCCUUUCGGCGUCGCGGCGCGUUUGCUUCGAAACCCCUUCCAGACCCGACUCCGUCCUGGGUCUGCUCAAGGAACGAGGUUUCUCUCCGACCCAGAUCUCGGACGUCGUCAGCAAAUACCCCGGGGUGCUUUUAGCGAGCCCGGAUGCGAUUCUCUUGCCAAAGAUCGAAUUUUUGCGCUCCAGAGGCUUUUCCGACUCUGAUCUAGCCAGGGUCAUCAGUGCGGUCCCGAGGUUAUUGGCCAGGAGCUUGGAGAACCAUUUGAGGCCUACUUUGGAUUAUAUUGGCGAUCUGGUGCAAUCCGGCGAGGAUGCCGUUGCGGCCAUCAAACGUUGUACGAGAAUGUUGUACGAGGAUCCGGGUGUUCUGCUCAUUCCAAAAAUCAAGAUUUUGAGGGAUAAUGGAGUGCCUCCAGCAAACAUUGGGCACUUAGUUCUGUACCAUGGGCCGAUAUUCCUGGUGUCGCCUGAACAGUUCGAUGAGGCCGUGAAUAAGGUGAAGGCGCUAGGUUUUGAGCCUUCGAAAGUGGGUUUUGUCACGGCUUUGCACGUAAUUAGGUGCAUAAGCCAGCCGUUGUGGAGGAGGAAAAUCGGUGUGUAUGGCAAGUGGGGUUGGUCAGAAGAGGAAGUUGCUUUAGCUUUUAGGAGGCAUCCGUGGUGUAUGGCGGCGUCGGAGAGCAAAAUUACGAACGUGAUGGACUACUUUGUCAAUGAGAUGGGGCUUGAUUCUUUGCAUAUCGCGCGGCAUCCGGUGGUGAUCUCACUGAGCUUACAGAAGCGAAUUGUUCCUCGGUGUUCAGUGUUUCAAGUCCUGUUGUCUAAGGGCUUGGUCCAUACCCAUAGCUUGGCUACAUCCUUGAUAGUUCCGGAGAGCAGGUUCCUAAAAGAAUUCGUGACCCCUUAUUUGGGAGAAGCACCCCAAUUGUUGGAUCUUUAUGAGGAGAAGAUGGGUCUUGCAAGCUAGUUCUUUGCUUUACGAACUUGUUCAGGCUAAUCUAGGGUGCUUAUGAAAGCAAAAGAAAUUCUACUCCUGCUGUUUGGGCUAUUUCUGAUAAAUUGGGAAGCUGAGUUUUCUUUACUUACCUUCUUUGUUUCAUCCCUCCAGUUCUCCAUGUCGAGCUGUGUGAUAUCAUAAGAUGUUCUGUCUUUUGAGGAAUACUAUGCUCGCUCAUGAAGAAAGCUUUGCUCUUAAAUUGAAACUACAGUAAUUCACUGCAGAUUGUUGAGUACGUAGUCCAACUUUACUCUAGUUUAAACUAAACUUUGCACUUUACUCUUUAUUUAUAUUUAUUCCCCCAGUUACCUAUUGCCACACUCAUCGAUCUUUAUGUGAGACCAGUUUUAUUUAUUUCAAAUUCUCUGAUUAGACUUUGCUAUAGCUUCUCUUUAUUCUAUACCUCUAGAAAAACAUGGAUGUGUUGGUAAGUCUGCGGUUGCUCUAGCUUCAUGAUGGGGUUGCCAUCUGAAUGCUUAUCGAAAUUGCUGUACUAUCACUGGAUUCCAUCCUUUCAUGUAUGGAUCUUGGGCUUAUGAUAUGAGAUCAUAAGAGCUGAGUUUCCAUUCUGUAUCAUUACUUGUUUUGGGGUAUGAUGAUACUGUGCUACUGGUCCUGUUUUAUGUGAGCCUAUCACCGUGUUAAGAGGCUAACAGAGCAGAAGUCAAUUCUCGAAAUCUCUGCAGCUGUUUGAUCUACCUUGUCUAAAUUGAUUUUCCGAGCUGUUGAAUGAGCUUAUGCAGCAAAUUAUCAGCUCUUUUUUGUUGCUACUCUAAUGAGAAUACAAAGUGUGUGGAAGAUUCACUGAGCUCUUAAACUGCCAGGGAUCACAAAGUUGCAACCCAACAAUAAGUGAUGUUAAUGAAGAAUACAUCCAUUAACUCCUCUUUUUCUUCCGUCUUCAGUGGCACAAUGAACUCCCUCGUGGCAUCCACAGCUUUUGGCAUGAGAGAUCGUCUUGCAUUAAACAGGCGAGCUUCAACACUUGCAAGCAUCACGUGGAUUGCGGGUUGCGGCCAUUCGGUGAGUUUUGGUUUCGAUGUUUUGGCUGAAAUGUUUGUCACUUGCAAGAAUCAUUUGUUGAAAGUAGCCUUCUAUGAGAAAGUGGCUUUUAUUUCAUUGACUUUAAGGGGUAAAAUUUCUGCUUUGCUAUUUA